UUUUUUACUUUCUAGUGCUAUUUAAGACUAAAGAGUUGGGCUCAAAAAAUCUUCUAUCGAGUUGCCGAAACCGAGUUUGGCUAGCCCAAACAGAUUCAACCGAGUUUUAAAACCCUAGUUUCAACUUUCAAUAUUAGAUAUUAGAUAUUAUUCCAAGAAAAGAUGGAUUCCAAAUUAAUCUCGCGUCAUCAAAAUUUUGUCAGUUUGAAGUGGAAAGAUAGAAACUUUGCAGAUACCAGGCAGUCGUAUCCAAAAUGAUUUGCAGGGGUGAUCAGGUCUUUUGAUGGCCCUAAUUGCUUGAUUUCGAUCGAGUUUUACUUUUUGAGUAUUAUCUUUUUGAAUUGCCACGAUUGAUCAAGAAGGUGAACUUUCGGUCCAUCUGUUUUCUAAAACCGGCUCGCUCCCUGCAACAUGAUCAACCAACAAGCAAUUUCCAUACUCUGGACCUUCCUUUUCUCUGUCCUUUCUCUGCAACUGUUUCUCCUUUGGAAGAGGUCAGGCACCAGAAAGAAGUUACCUCCGGGUCCUAUAGGGCUCCCCAUCAUCGGCAACCUCCACCAACUUGGCUCGAUGCCGCACCGCUCUUUGGCCCAUCUAGCUGAGGGUUAUGGGCCUCUCAUGCACCUUAGAAUUGGCCAAGUCCCCACUCUCGUGGUCUCCUCUUCGAAGAUGGCUGAGCAAGUUAUGAAAGCCCACGACCUCGCUUUUUGUAGCAGGCCCACUCUUCUAUCUCCCAAACGCCUCACCUACAACUGCUCUGAUAUAAUUUUUGCCCCUUAUGGUUCCUACUGGAGGAACGUUCGCAAGAUAUGUGUCCAAGAGCUCCUAAGUACGAAAAGGGUGGAGUCUUUUUGCCUUGUUCGAGAAGAGGAAGUGGGGCAGAUGAUUCACUCCAUCUCGUCAUCUUCGAAACAUGGGGCGAUUGUGAAUUUGAGUGAGACGUUCCUUUCUCUAUCAAACAAUGUGAUUUGCAGAGUGGCUUUUGGGAAGAGAUAUUGGGAAGAUGGCUCUCAAUUGAACGAGAUGAUAGAAGAAGCUGACAGAUUGUUUGAUUGUUUCUUUGUGGGGGAUUUAUUCCCAUAUUUGGAGUGGGUGAAGUAUGUGUCGGGUCUAAAAGAACGGCUGGACGAGUGCUUUCGCAUCCGGGAUGCAUUUCUCGAUGAUGUGAUCGCUGAUCAUCUCAUCCCGUCUCGGGUCGAGAUGGAGGAUGAGCAAAAGGACUUGGUUGAUGUUCUACUGCAGCUACAGAAAGGGGGCAACCUGGACUUCACUCUCACCAGAGACAACAUCAAGGCCGUUGUCAUGGAUAUGUUCGGAGCAGGAAUAGAUACAACUUCUGCAACAUUGGAAUGGGGAAUGUCGGAGCUCAUAAGGAGCCCAAGAGUAAUGCAAAAACUCCAAGAUGAAGUAAGAGGCAUCAUCAAAAGCAGUCGUAAUAACAAAAUAGAGGAGAGUGAUCUAAACCAGUUCCAUUAUCUGAAAGCAGUGGUGAAAGAGACUAUGAGGCUGCACCCUCCUGCACCAUUGUUGGUUCCACGCGAAUCAAUCGAGGAUUGCGACAUAGAAAACUACCAUAUUCCGGCAAAGACUCGGGUUUUGAUUAAUGCGUGGGCGAUUGGAAGGCACCUCGAGUCUUGGGAAGACCCAGACGAGUUUAAGCCUGAGAGGUUUAUGGAUAGUAGCAUUGAUUUCAGAGGUCAAGAUUUCGAACUAAUUCCCUUCGGUGCAGGCCGGCGGGGUUGCCCUGGGCUUUCAUUUGGAGUGGCUGUCAUAGAACUCACAUUGGCCAAUAUAUUGCUUCAUUUCGACUGGGGACUGCCAAAUGGGAUGAGCCCCAAUGAUUUAGACAUGACUGAAGCCAUGGGGAUCACUGUGCAUAGGAAGUCUGCUCUGCUCCUGAAGCCAUCUCCUUUGAGUCCUUUAUAGAUUAACUUUGACAAAGUAAUAAUUAAGGAUGAAUAACAGUAAAUCGUUCCAAAAAUGAUAAACUAUUUGUAAUGAAAAUAUGUUAGUAAUUUUAUGGUUUUCUAGAUUGGGACUUUA